AUGGAACAUUUUUGUACAUGUGCAACGUGUUUUUAGGAGGUCUGUGCUACUCCCUCCCUCUCCACGAGCGGGCGCUCUAAAAUUUACAGAGCACCGAAGAGUCAGUGCGCAUGCGCGGAGACAGAGCGCAGGCGCAGUGCGCAGCUCGACCCGGGCCUGCAGUAGUGGAGCGAUCAGCUCGUCAUGGCGCGGAUCCGUGUGCUUUUGCUCUCGCUCUUACUGUCGUUUGUGGUUCAGUCCGUCGUGUCGAUCUCAUUUUACCUGCCGGUGCGCAGCAGAAAGUGUCUACGGGAGGAGAUCCAUAAAGAUGUGCUCGUUACCGGAGAAUACGAGAUCAUGGAGCAGCCGAACACGAAAACCAACCUGAAGAUCACAGACUCUUCUGGACACAUCCUUUAUGUGAAAGAAGAGGCAACUAAAGGCAAGUUUGCCUUCACUACAGAGGACUAUGACAUGUUUGAGGUGUGCUUCGAGAGCAAGUCUCCUAUGGGAACUGGAAUGGUUCCUGACCAACAGAUCAACUUGGACAUGAAGCACGGCGUUGAAGCCAAAAAUUACGAAGAGAUUGCCAAGGUCGAAAAACUGAAGCCCCUGGAAGUAGAACUCCGUCGGCUGGAAGAUCUUUCAGAGUCUAUUGUCAAUGACUUCGCCUACAUGAAGAAGAGAGAGGAGGAGAUGAGAGAUACUAAUGAGUCCACCAACACGCGUGUGUUGUACUUCAGCAUCUUCUCCAUGUGCUGUCUGAUCGGUCUGGCCACGUGGCAGGUCUUCUACCUACGCCGCUUCUUCAAGGCCAAGAAGCUCAUUGAGUAAAAUCUGCCUGAACAAUCAGGGACCCAGAACUUCUUCCUCACACCAGAUCCUCCGGCCCCUGACAUUUUGCUUUGCCUCGGUGAUUCAAUCCGGUCGCUGCGGGGUGACCUGAAGUUUAUCGGGAGUGGACGUGCAUCAGGGAAUUCUCUGGGAAGCGAGUGAUGCUUGGCGGCCAAAUUGUCCUUCAGUGCGUGUACAUUUUUUGAUACAGGCUUGUUCAGUAUCAUUUGGAAAAAAAACCACCCAGUUUUUCAAUGUUUUUUUUUUUGCAUUAUUUUCUUGUAUUUAUACGAAAUAACACAAGCCCCUAUAACUGAUAAAAGAUAUGCUUCUGUGAGAGAAAGUUUGUGGUCAUUGAAUGUGUGUCAAUAAUUACUUUAAUCUGUUUUGCCGAUUAUUUGGAAAGAUAGAAUGAUUGUUUCUCAUGGACAGAUUGUAGACUGAUGUGUUUAGCUGUCUAUAUUAUUUCUGUAAAGGCUUAUGUUAGGUAAUGCAAAGCCAUUGAAGAGAGAGAUCUCACAUCAGAGCUUCACGCUGUCAUAUAUCAUUCUUUCUUUGAGAAAUGUACUAAUUUUUAAGCAGUUUUAUUUUGAGGAGCACAAUCUUUUUUAGUUUGCUUACUAUGGGAACGUGUGAGUUCAUCUGUGAUAGAAGUCUUGCUGAUUGUUAGUUGCUAGUUUCUCCACAGACUGAAUAAAUGAUCAAUCCAACUGAUCAGAUCCAACAGGGUUAAAGGUGCAUGAAUCGGGUUUGAUUUGUUAGAGGAUCUACCUGUAUCUGACAGAUCAAACCAGACUGUCAUUUUUCAUUUUCUCUUCUUUUCGAAUGGUUUUGUGGAAUAGUGGUUACACGUCCUGGGUUUGGAUCAGAUUUAUUAUUAUUAACUGCAAGUGGUUUCAUUUUGUUUGUUCCAGUGUUCAAUCAGUUUGAACGGCAGUGUUUUUGAUUCAGAUUAAUUUUGGUGAAAGUGGAUUCGGGAAAUAUACCGUAAUUGGCUCGUCAUUCAAUAAAAAUUGUUAGUAAAGUA